AUAAAGAGAGAGAGAGAGAGAGAGAGAGAGAGAGGAGAAGGAGAGAGAGAGAAACAAGAAGAAACGGGCGCUUUUUAGACAGAAUUUGGGCACAGGAUCUCUUAAAGCCUCUCUCUCUCUCUCUCUCUCUACAAUUCAAUGCUUUACCAAACUCACCAUCCAUUUUUGUUCCCACUCAACCCUUUUACCACCCCUAUCCUCUCUCUUUCAACCACUACCACUCCCACUCCCCCUCCUCUUCCUCCUCCUACUCAGGAAAUGGACUGCGUUGAAGGUGCGUUGAAAACCAGUUUCGGGCAGGACCCGUCGAAAAAGACCCCAAACCAGCCGUUUUCCGACGACCCGUGGACGGUUAACGGUCAAAGCGGCGUCUCCGGCGACGACUUUUUCGUUGACGACCUCCUCGACUUCUCCGAAGGAGGUAUCGAAGAUGGGUUCUGCGAAAUACUAGUAAAGGAAGAAAAUGGAGAUGGGUUUUGUGGAGUAGUGAAAGAAGAAGAAAAUAAGGAGGAAACAGAGGAGGAAAACAAGAAAGACUCUCCCCCUAGCAGAAGUACUAAUAAUUUCUCAGUAAUUGAUGAUUUCCCUUCAGUACCCUGUACCGAACUCAGCGUACCUGCGGAUGAUUUGGCGGACCUAGAAUGGCUGUCGAACUUCGUGGACGACUCCUUCCCGAAUUACUCUCUCCAAUACCCCGCCGGAAAAUUGCCGGAGAAGCCCGUUCCCGUUUCCCGCCGGUCCGAGCCGGCGGAGACUCCGGUGCAAACGAAGCCGUGUUUCAGGACUCCGGUUCAGACCAAGGCGAGGAGCAAGCGGUCGAGAACCGGGUUCCGGGUUUGGUCGCUGGACUCGAUUUCCCUGACGGAUUCUUCCUCCACUUCCUCUUCCUCAUCGUCCACAACUCAGACGGCCGACUCGGUCUUAUGUCCGCCGCUUCAGCCGGCGAAGAAGCAGAGGAGGAGAAAGCUGGCUGCCGCCGCCGCCGGAGGCGGGACCCAGCAGCCGCGGCGGUGCAGCCAUUGUCUCGUCCAGAAGACCCCGCAGUGGCGGGCCGGUCCGUUGGGUGCCAAAACGCUCUGCAAUGCGUGCGGGGUCCGGUUCAAGUCGGGCAGGUUGCUGCCCGAGUACCGGCCCGCUUGUAGCCCGACGUUCUUGAGUGACGUGCACUCGAAUAACCACCGGAAAGUGCUGGAGAUGCGGCGGAAGAAGGAGGGGGAAGCCGGCAUGGCUCCGCCGGUCCAGAGUUUUUGAAGGAUGGCGUUUAGUUUUUAGAUAGGGGUUUAGGAUGAAAACCGGAGAUGUUGAAGUUGAACCCGGUUCAGAGAUGGUCUAUUUAGGUAGGGUUUGAAUGUACAUUACUGUCUUGGUUGGUGUGCGUUAGGCUUUCUUGGCAUGGAGUAACUGAUGAUUUAGGGCAUGGAGUGUAGACUUUUAAUGUUCUUAGCUUUUAUUUAAUUUUCUAUUAUAUUUUCCUCUUUAUUUUGGGAAAAUAUUUAAGUAUAUGUGGAAGAGGCCGUUGGAAAGCAAAAAAAUUAUGAAUUCAACA